AUGAAUAUUGAUAAAUUAUCCGAAGCCGAAGUGGCUCAAAAUGAAAUUGCCAAAGAACAUGAUGAUAAAGACAUGGAGAUGCCAGAAAGUGUUGUUGUUAAUCUUACAGAUCAAUUCUAUAAUUAUUUUACUGAUGGUACAACAAAAAUUGAAAAACGUGGAAGUGUUUUAGAACAAUUGACACCAUCAUCAAGUGAGUUUGAAUCAGAUGAAAUUCGAAUUAUUCGUAAACAAAAAGAUAAACGGCUAGCAUGGAAAGACCCGUUUUUAAAAAAUUUAGCAAAUAUUGGAUUAUUAAUGGAGACUGAAAUACGCGAAGGUGACAAAAGUACGAUUCACUUUAUAAAGUUGAAUAUACCUUGGAAUUUAAUGGUGAAAUAUGCUCAAGAUUUAAAUUUUCGUGCACCCAUUCAGGCUGUUGAUAAUAAUGAAAAGUUGGAGACAGUUACAGACAAAUUAUUUCGUUUUAUUCAUAUGAGAAAUGCUUUAAAAUCGGAAGCACCCCCGAUUCGUUAUGAUUUAUAUCAUUGUCUAUUCCAGUCAUCGAAACAAGAUAAAUUUUUAGGCAAUGAUCGUUUUCCCGUUCAUUUUUCAAAUACUCAACGAAGUUUAAUUGUUCAUGAAAUUCUUCAGACAACACCUUUUGGACGAACGGAAAAAGGAGAAAUUGGUAUUGAUCGUUUAAUACGUGAACGUGUAUUUCAAGCGGCAUAUCCAUUGCAUGAAGGCGAUUAUAAAUUUAGUCCAACUGAAACUCGUACACCCCAAGAAGAAAAUAAUCCACGUCGGAUACUCUAUGAUACGUGGGCACGAUAUCGUAUUUGGUACAAAAGUCAACCAUUAGAUCUUAUACGAGAAUAUUUUGGUGAAAAAAUAAGCAUGUAUUUUGCUUGGCUAGGAUUAUAUACUGCCUGGUUAUUACCAGCAUCCAUUGUUGGUAUACUUGUAUUUCUUUUUGGAUUUAUUUAUGUUUCUAAUAAUGUGCCUGUUCAUGAUAUAUGUACACUUGGACAAAAUAUUACCAUGUGUCCAAUAUGUGAUGAGUUAUCAUUGAAGGAUCGUCCACGACCCGAAUUUGCUGUACGAGCACCAUCUGUCGAAAAAAAUCCUGUAACUGGACUAUUAGAACCAUAUUUUCCCACACAUCGUAGACGCUAUCGAAUUUUAGCUGGAGUGUUAACAUUGAGUGUCAUGAUAUGUAUUGUACUCAUAUUUAUUAUAGCGGUUAUUGUCUAUCGAAUUAUUAUUAGUAUACCGUUAUUUAAAAAUAAAGAAUUAGGAAAAUAUGCGCUUAGUUAUGCAUCGAUCACUGGAGCAGUAUUGAAUUUAGUCAUUAUUAUGAUAUUAGGACGAUUAUACGAAAUAUUAGCUCGUAAACUUACACAAUGGGAAAUGCAUCGUACACAAACAGAAUUUGAUAAUUAUUUUACUAUUAAAGUAUUUUUAUUUCAAUUUAUCAAUUUUUAUUCAUCAAUAUUCUAUGUGGCAUUUUUUAAAGGAAAAUUUACCGGUCAGCCUAGUAAUUAUUGGCGAAUAUUUGGAUUAAGACAAGAAGAAUGUGGACAAGGUGGAUGUCUUAUUGAAUUAGCUCAACAAUUAGCUAUUAUCAUGAUUGGAAAACAAGCAAUUAAUAAUAUUCAAGAAAUUGUUGUACCAAAAUUACAAACAAUUUAUCAUAAACUAAAAGUUUCUAUAACAAAAAGUCAAACACGAUGGGAAGAUGAUUACAAACGUAUUGAAUUUCCUGGAUUAUUUGAAGAAUAUUUAGAAAUGGUAUUGCAAUUUGGUUUCAUUACAAUAUUCGUUGCUGCUUUUCCACUUGCACCAUUAUUUGCAUUAUUAAAUAAUUGGAUUGAAAUACGUUUAGAUGCACAUAAACUUGUGUGUGAAACAAGACGACCAGUAGCAUUUCGUUCAUCUACAAUUGGCAUAUGGCUUGAUAUAUUGACAUUACUAGCACAUUUAGCUAUUAUCGCUAACGCAUUUUUAAUUGCAUUUACAUCCGAAUUUCUUCCAAAACUUUUGUAUAUGUACACUAUCGAUUGGAGUAUGCAAGGUUAUACAGAAUUUACUUUAUCUCAAGCGCCACCAGGCACAUCAAAGAUACCUUGCAAAAUCUUUUCUCUAUUAUGUUAUCAUUCUCAGCAUAUUGUCUUUGGUAUAUGUCGAAUAAUUGAUCUACUAAUACCAGACGUACCCGAAUCAUUGCAAAUUAAAAUUCGUCGUGAACGUUAUCUAGCUAAACGCGCAUUGCAAGAGUCAAGUAAUUUCAGUCAGAUAUUUACUGAAUAUGACGAUGAACGAUCAAAACCAUCUCGAUUAACAAGAUUUUUUAGAACUAGCCGAACAAAAAUAGAGCCAAAAAAUAUUAAAACGUCCUAA